AUGUAUGACUGGAACCAAUCACACUCUACCCAAGCUUUGCCUAAAUUUUUCGCUUCAUUUUAUCAUGAAAACAAUAUUCCAGUUGGGUGUAAAUUAAAUGGAUUAUCUUUUGAGAAAACGGAUAAUAUGGCCCGUCUUCUAGUGCUGUGUUUCAGUCUAUUAAUCUCUGUGCAUAAUUUAGUAACGAAGCAAAUUCAGGAAGAUAAUGAUUGGUCCAUGAUUAUGGAAGUUGAAGUAGAGGAUCCGGUCUUCAACAGUUCCAAUUCUGUCAACACAAACAUAUACUGA